AUGAAGAGCAGAGCAAUUAUCAAUGCGGGUGGGCAGAGGUUCGAGACAUUUUUCUCUACUCUUCAGCGCUUUCCUAACACGGCAUUCGCAAAAAUGUUUCCGCUGCCUCCUUCUGGGCGCAGAAGUCGGGAGUUCUUCCUAGAUGUUACUCCUCAGGUGUUUGAGUGUGUACUGAGUUUUUUACGAACAAAUCAGAUAAGUCUACCGAGAGACAAUGAGCAGGUACGAGCAGAACUUGUUCACUCUUUGAAUGAUUGGGGACUCCUUGAGCACGCAUUUCCAGCGUCAAACCAAACUGAUGCUUCCAACUUGCAUUCCGUACAGUUACCUGAUAUAUGUAUUGUGCAGAUUUGUGAUCAUAUGCAACAUGAUCAAGGCGUUAAACGACAUGCACUCACCAUUACAUAUGGUGCAGACGGAUUUCAACUACGUUCGCUCACACAACGCAUUCGCCGUGAUCUCGAGAGACAACUUUCUUCCACUUAUUGGCAGUGCUAUCAGACAAAUGAGCGGGCAGCCUUCUUUGUGACAACAAAGGUGGCCAACGGAACAGCAGAUCUUCUAACAACUUCUGUGACUCAGCAGUUAAUUGAGCACACAGAAUCAAUAGGGUAUUCCUUGGUUUCUUCUUAUGUGACGCUAAGCCCUGAUGUGGUACACACCAGUGUGCGUAUGCUUAUUCACAAUUUUACCUUCCGACGCACACAUCAAACUGCAUUGGAAUCGAGUGAUAUGUUAACACUGAGUGAAGAUGACACCAUUGAAACACAUGAAAACAUUACUCCACUUCGUGUGGGUCCACAGAGACACUCAUCAACAGGAGAUCAGUCUAUUCCACCAAAUAAUAUCAGAGCAGCAGACAUAUGGACAUAA